CACCGCGCAAAGUUUGAAUUUGUUCUUUUAUUACUGUGCGAUGAAAUUCCAUCCACGGUGACUACCAAUUCAGAGAACAAUUCAAUUAAACUAAAGCGAGCCGCUAUGAGUGCUCAGGCUCCAGAUAUCACAACAAAAGCUUCGAUUCGUCAACAUAUAUGGGACUACAUAGAGAAAAACAAUUUGGCGAAUUUUCCACGGCCAGUUCACAAUCGUAUCCCAAAUUUUAAGGGUGCAAAUGCAGCUGGCGAAAGAGUCGUUGCCAUGGAAAUAUUUAAGAGGGCGAAAACUAUCAAGGUGAACCCGGACAAGCCGCAAGAAUGGGUGAGAUACCAGGUGUUACACGAAGGGAAAAUGUUGCUUGUCCCAACACCACGGUUAAAAUCUGGUUUAUUCAACCGCAUUUUACCACCGACAGGGGCUAAUACUGCAAUGCUGAAGAAGUGUGCGACCAGGGAAGGUAUUACUAAUUACAGCGCACCUGUGGGAUUGGAACAUAAGAUCAAUAUUGACCUUAUUGUGAUUGGUUCUGUGGCAGUGUCUUCAAAAGGUUAUCGCAUUGGCAAAGGUGAGGGAUAUGCUGAUAUGGAAUAUGCCAUGUUGGUUACCAUGGGAGCAGUCAAUCAAGACACAGUUAUGGUGUCUACUGUUCAUGAUUGUCAGGUAGUGGAUAUUCCGGAUGAGCUGAUUGACGUACAUGAUCUGAUGGUAGACUACAUUGUAACACCCACAAGGAUUAUCCAAUGCCAAGGACAUAAACAGAGCCCAGUUGGAAUACAGUGGUCAAAAGUCACACCUCAAAUGUUGAAAGAUAUUCCUGUAUUGAAAGAUCUUAGAGAAAAAGAGAGAAGAGUUGGAAAGAAUGUCACUUUGAAUGAGUGACUUAUUGACAAGAUUCUGUUGAUAAUUGGGUUCCUUGGAUAACCUCAAUAAUGUUUCUUUUUUAUAUGAUUCAUUUAGUUUGUAAGAACAUGUGACAUAUGUGACUAUGCCUUAUGUGCCACUUGUUAAAUGUUCUUAGUGCAUUUUUACAUCAUCUGUGAUUUGUUACUGAACAGAUGCAUAGCACUGCACCAGUAUUGCAGAGGUCAUGGGUUCAAAUCCUGUAUGGCCCUGAAUUUUUUUUUCCUUUUUUUUUCCUUUUUUUUUUUUUCUCAGGCCGAAUUUCUACAACUACACAUAGGGUUCAUUAUAGGGCAUAGAACUUUGUUAGUUUUCCAAACCAGUGUUUGAAAAGGGCAGAGCUAUGGAGGUUUCUAGACAAGAUGGGAAAAUUGUUGCAGGUUGGAGCUGUGUGAUUGAUGAGAGAUGGAUUGAUUUUGCUGAAAUUUCCCACAAACUGCCCGACAGCCCAAGUAUUUUGAGCUCAAAGAAAGCCCAACAGUCCAGUUCAGAAUCUUUUUAAUGGUAUUUCAGUUGUUUUCUGAAUAGGAAUUACUUUCUCACACAUGAUUUUAAGUUGGUCAGAUAAAAUGAUUGUAAAGCAAUGAAGUUUUAAUGAUCAUGUAAAAGGCAACAAACCCAGGCCAGAAUGAAUUUUCCACGGGAUCUAUGUGAUCUUGUUUGAACUCCUACAACAGGAUUGAGGGAAGAUAUGUCAGGGUUUUGUGCAAAAGAGAUGAUUUAUUGAAACUGUUGAGUUCCCAAAUGAGAGCUUCAAUGAAGAAAAAAUGGUUAUAAGGGAUCAAAAGAUUUCACUUCUGAACUAGCAACUUUCCUACUCAUUUAUGGGAAAGGAUUUCAGAGUUCCUCAUCCUGUAGAUCAUUGACCAGCAUCUAUACCUGUACAUGUUUUGAUUUUAAUGAUGAAGAAUUCAAAGAUGUAAAGCUCUUGAGAAGUUUACUCAAGUUGUCAGUUUUUGCCAACAAUACAACCUUACUAAAUAUGCCUGUAGCUAUAUCAAUCACUCAAUACUUUUUUUUUUUAAGUUUAUAUGCAUCACUAUUGGUGAAAUAAAUUGUGAUUCUACAUUGAAGGCUUUCCACACACCUCUGCAAGUUAGACUAGCAGACCAACAAGAGCAUUCAAACACACUACACUGUAAAGUUACAAAAUUCCUAAUGCAGAUCUUUAUAACAUUUGAUUCCCUUUAGAACAUUCCAUUCCCAAAUGACCAAACUGACACAGGCACAAAGAAGCCAUCAAGUGAUCAGUAGGACAAACAUUCACACCACCACAAAGAAAACAAAGGAGGCACACAAUGCACUCAGCCAUAGACAUACACUACAUUCAAUACUGCACUAUAUGAGUAAAAUCUUGUAGUAUACUACAACUAAUUUUGAAGCUACUAUAAAACACUAUGUUUUCUUUGGACUAA